CAAAAGGAACCGUAAAAAAAUUCCAUAUUCACUCAAAAAAAUGCAGUUCCCACGUGUCAACCAGGCUUAUUAUUCCUCGUUGAUUUAUUCCCCUUUUACCCCUUCACAAUUCUCAGUCGUUCCUCCCUCCUUUUUGUUCUCCGUCUAAUUUCUCCACCUCCCUUCUCUCUCCUCCAUCUUUACAUUCUCGCCCAUUUUACUGCAAAAACAUGUCGGACAUUAAUGGCGGAAGUUCUGAAUAUCCUUCUACCAGAAGUCUAACCAGUCAAAUAUCUGAAGAAGAAGCUAUUCUAGUCAGUUUAGAUCUGGUGUCCGCUGCUAGACGAAACCUCAAGUUCCUUCGUUACGUAGCGGAUUCUGAUUGGCUUCAUCACCUCCCUACUCUUCUUGAAGCUAUUCGCAGGUAUGAGGAUCUCUGGAUGCCAUUGAUUGCUGAUCUAACGGUAGGGCAGAACCACAGGCCACCUAUGAUCCUCCCUCCUUUCGAUAUUGAGUGGAUUUGGUACUGCCACACCCUUAAACCGGCACACUAUAGAGAGUACUGUAAAGCAAGGUUUUCAAAAGUUAUAGGAAGGGCUACAAUAUUUGAUGAGGUCAAUGAGGAGUAUGCUGUAAAAUUGUGCAGGGAUAUAUGGAUCAAAAGGUACCCAAAUGAGCCAUUUGAGAAUGAAGUAGACUCUGAAGUGUCUAUGGGAGGUGGAAAGAAAAGUGACAAUGAGGUAAUAUUGUUGGGUGAGAUGAGAAAGCAAAGAGAUUCAUAUGAUAGAUUUUUUAGGGAACCUUACAUGGGAGAAAUAGUGUACCUAAUUGCAGCAAAGAGGAGAUACAAAAAAUUCUUGCAAUUGGUGAUAAUGCAACAAAAUGAUGGUGAUGGGGAUGGAUGUUCAUGUGUUUUGGUUCCCACUGUUGAUAUCUUGCUCAUGUGGUUCACUCAUCAGAGCUACCCAACGGUAUAUGCAGCUGACACCAAGCACAUGGAAGAUGAGCUGCUUUUAAAGGUGGUGGGCCCAUGGGAUCAUUCAGUGCAGGAAGAAGACAUAGAGCAGAUGAAGGUGCUCUGGGAGGACACUUUUGAUCAGCCUUAUGAGAAAGCUGGUGGAAAGCUAGCUGUUGAGUUUCGAGGCGGUUUUGCCGUCCAAACACCAUUUUACUGGGUGCUUUCAGACUCUGAUGUUAAUAUUAAAUACAAGUCAUUGCACCCAAGAUUCUUACUAGAGGUAUGUGUUUUUGCGAGACUGAGGUCACACAUGGAUGCAACACAGGCAGAGAAGACACGUGAAUUCUUGCGCCUACGAAUGUUUAAAUGUCACAAGGAACUCAAGUUUGAUAAACUUGUCUCAAGUUUCGCUCCAGAUUCAUGGCAAAUGGCAUGGAAUUUCUAUUCCGAGUUUGGAACCAAAGGUCUUAGGCUUGAGCUUCGCCAUCCAGGGAACCUCUGUUUCUCAGGCACUGGUGUGCUGGACACUGUAUCAUUUUCAUGGAAUGACUUGCUUCGUGCACCAUCUCUUGCGUUUGGAAGCGAAGUGGAUCAGAAAAUUAGGGUCUUCACCUCAAUUACUCCUCCAGUCCAAGCUCCAUACCUUUUAAAAUGUGUCCCGGAUCGCGUCAGUGAUGAUUCCGGUGCCAUGAUUUCUGAUGUAAUGCUCAAGAUGAAUCAGUACCGGCCUCAGGAAGGAAGAUGGUUAUCUCGGACUGUCUUGGAUCAUGCAGGAAGAGAAUGCUUUGUGGUUCGCAUAAGAGUUGGAGGAGGAUUUUGGAGAAGAGGGGGUGAGGCUCCAGAGACGGUGAGGUGGGAAGACCGGAUUAUUGAGAUACGAGAAGGUCCAUGGUCCUAUGUGGCAGGUUCUACGAUUGGAACAGCUCCAGAUAAAGUGGUGGGAUCAGCAAAGCCUAAAGAAGAACCAAAUGAGAGAACUACUUGGUGCUUCUCAACGGGGGAUGAACUGACAAUAGAGUGGGAAUCGACAUCUUCCUUGGAAACUCUAAGGCUUACUCUUAAUACCAAACAAAAUUCUUCAGUAAAGUUGUUGAAAGGCCGAAAAAUGCAGUACGAGGUAAGCAAGGAAGAGGGAAAACCAGAUGAAUCAGAAGAUGAAUUUGUGACCAUUGUCAGAUUUUCGGAUGAGACCCCAAAUGGAAAAGCUACUGCUCUUCUCAACUGGAAGCUCUUAGCUGUGGAGCUAUUGCCAGAAGAGGAUGCCGUUUUUGUGCUGUUAUUGUGUGUUGCAAUACUCAGAAGCGUUUCAGAGAUGAGAAAGGAAGACGUCGGAGGAUUGUUGAUUAGGAGAAGAUUGAAAGAAGCCAAGCAUGGGGAUAGAGAUUGGGGCUCUAUUAUACUUCAUCCUUCAUGCAUCACAUCUUAUCCGCCCUCACCUCAUCUUCAACCUUGGUAUUGGAAUGCUAAAGCUGUGAUAUCACAUGAUCCUAGUGCCGAACACACUUUGAACCAACCGAGUUUUUCUAUGGCUGAAGGUGGUGACAAAUUGUACAAAAGGGGUAUUAUCUCAUGAUCAAAAGAUGCUCACUUCUGAUUUUUUUGAUGGUGUAUAUUUAAUUGAAACACAAUGAAGAUCCGAAAGAAAAUGGGGAAUUUUGCAUAUUUGUAAUACCAUUUGCGAGGUUGUAUAUAAUUGAUUAAUUGUGAAGUUGAAUAAGCUUGUUUUUAGCUAGGGGAAACUCGGAUAUCGAAUAUUCUGAUUCAAUCAAAUUGGAUAUGAAUAACAAGAAUAUCAAUUUUCAUAUAUCAGAUAUCCGAUCUGAUCCCAUGAUCCGGAUUGGAUAUUCGAGUUUGCUCAGCCUUAAGUCCAAAGACUUAUAUUUUUAUGUAUAAGAGGUUGAGAAAUGUGAAUGAGCUUCUUGUUGAUCACAAUGUUGUAUAUUCUGUAGAAAUUUUGAUGGAUGUAGCCGUUGAGGGUUGGGAAAUUUGUUCUUUCAUGUAAUUUUGUGAUUAUGAAUGAAUAUAGACGAGAAUGCUAAGACUUUGAUUAUUCU